GCCCGAUGGGAGUUGUAGUUUGGCGGUGCCACCCACAUUGGCAGUUCAGGGUCGCUUCCGUGCCCGUUGCUGGCCUGCAGUCCGGAGGAGGCGGGCUCGGUGGCCCCGGCUGGACGCCCCUGCCGGCCGGCGAUGCUGCUGCUGUGGGUGUCAGCGGUCGCAGCGUCCGCGCUCGCGGCGCCGACCCCGGGAACUCGAGAGCACGAGAUGCGAGUGGCCCGGGCCCCCAACGUAGUGAUCAUCGCCAGCGACUCCUUCGACGGAAGACUAACACUUCAACCAGGAAGUCAGGUAGUAAGACUUCCUUUUAUCAACUUCAUGAGAGCACGUGGCACCACCUUCCUGAACGCCUACACAAACUCUCCCAUCUGCUGUCCAUCCCGUGCAGGUAUGAAUGUGCUGAUGUUGAUGGGAAUGGGCUGAGCCAUAGAAGGACACCUAGAUUUAAGACGCCAUAUGCAAAAGGCUCUGCAAUGUGGAGUGGCCUCUUCACUCACUUAACAGAAUCUUGGAAUAAUUUUAAGGGUCUUGCUCCAAAUUAUACAACGUGGAUGGAUGUCAUGGAAAAGCAUGGCUAUCAGACUCAAAAAUUUGGAAAACUAGACUAUACUUCAGGACAUCAUUCCAUUAGUAACCGUGUGGAAGCGUGGACAAGAGACGUUGCAUUCUUACUCAGACAAGAAGGCAGGCCUGUGGUUAAUCUCAUCCCUGAUAAGGACAGAAGGAGAGUUAUGGAAAAGGACUGGCAGAACACAGACAGAGCGAUCGGCUGGCUGAGACAGGAAGCCGCUAACGACACCAAACCAUUCGUCCUUUACUUGGGGUUGAAUUUGCCACACCCUUACCCUUCACCUUCUUCAGGAGAAAACUUUGGUGCUUCUACAUUUCGCACAUCUCUGUAUUGGCUUGAAAAGGUAGCUUAUGAUGCCAUCAAAAUCCCAAAGUGGCUGGCUUUGUCAGAAAUGCACCCUGUGGACUAUUACUCUUCCUAUACAAAAAACUGCACAGGGAAAUUUACUGAAGAGGAAAUUAAGAAUAUUAGAGCGUUUUAUUAUGCUAUGUGUGCUGAAACAGAUGCCAUGCUAGGUGAAAUUAUUUUGACCCUUCGUGAGUUAGAUCUUCUUCAGAAAACUAUUGUUAUAUACACGGCAGACCACGGAGAGAUGGCCAUGGAGCACCGCCAGUUUUAUAAAAUGAGUAUGUAUGAAGCAAGUGCCCAUGUUCCACUCUUGAUGAUGGGACCAGGAAUUAAGGUCAACGUACAAGUACCAAAUCUUGUUUCUCUUGUGGAUAUUUACCCUACAAUGCUUGAGAAAUCCUGGCAAAUCAUAUCUUCCCAGUCUCUACAUGGAGUCUCUUCUUGGCGGCCUCUCUCUGCCUCCUCUCCCCAGAAUUCUCAUCUCAGAGCUUCGACAGUACUUCCUGCCUGGCUAGCGGCCAAUCAGUGGUUUAUUCAUCGACUAAUAAGAGAAACAUAUACAUAAGGACAUCCCCCAUCAGUAUUAUUUAAAAGAAAGUGGUUCUAACACUGUAUGAGCAAGACUUGGUUUUGUUUGAAACAAUGUCCAUCUAGUUUGCUAUCUAAAUCAGCUCAUUUUUGUAGAGUAGGGGGAAAUGAUUACCAAUUAUACCAGGGUUAAUAGCCCUAAGCUCUCUUUUGCUUUAUUUAACAUUCAUUAUGACCAACAAAACUCAGUUAAUCCUGAAGGUUCGUGUUCCUUAUAUUUAAUUUAGCUUUUUAAAAAUGUAAUUUCUCAGUGAUGGAAGAAUUUAAAGGAAUUCCAGGAAUGAUUAGCUAUCAAAUUGGGCCCAUGAGGUAGCAUGUUCCACCUCACCACUGAUGAAUAAAUAAACAUAUAUUUUGACCAAGAAGCUUCAGAGAUUUACUUUUAAUUAGGAGGUUCAUUUAUAAAUGAUGAUUUAGUCUUAGACCUCUCCUCGGUCCUUUUCUUGGUGGCUCAACUGUCUCAGCAUCAUGUUCCAGAAAUCAGUUACAUGGGAAGAGUAUGAGGCUGACCUUAGUUCAAUCCAGGGCCCAUCUUCAUUCUGGGGCCUAAGCACUUGCAUAGACUCAAAUAGGAAAAGCCUCUGUACGUUACUGAUUUAUUUAUCUUGCACCUACGUUACUAUCUGUAGUCUGUUCAGACUUAAUAUUCUGCGGUAGCUUUUACUUAAAAGUUUGAAUUCACAGUUUCUUAAUGAGACUUUGAAGAAACGUUUUUUUCCUAAAAACUACUUUAUGAUGAAAUGUACAGAAUAUUUGUAGUUUAUUCAUCUUCACUGGUCUGUAUAGUAUGCAGUCAUUUUAUCAUUGCCUAGUACUAACAGAACACUGAUGUCUUCUAUGCCUGGGAAUUCUUUAUACUAUUAAAGCUGAUUAUUGUCCAACUA